CAGAGCACUCAAGUGCCUUCACCUAGGCUCAUUCACGUCCUGCAACUACAACCCGAAUGAGCCAACAUCGCUUUAUUCCAUCAUACGAAAAUCAUCUUACCAACGCUGAGCGCUUCCUCCAGAUCACGCGCCUGCUCUAAAAAAAACAUUUCUACGAGUAGUCUAGCUAUGCGCUAGCUUUUGCGCCAAACCAGCAGUUAUUCAUCAUGAAUUGGAGCAAGCAAACCGUCGUUCAACUCAAGGCGGAGUUGAAACGCCGAGGACUCGCCACCGCCGGUCUCAAACAGGAGCUCGUCGAGCGACUGACCACUAGCGACGAGGCAGCAGAGGAGGAGGUGCAGGAAGAGAUACAGGAAGAGGCACAAGAAGAAGAAGAGGAGCCUUCCACAGAGCCUGAGCCCCAACCCGCUGAGUCUGCGGAGGCGCCUACCGAACCUACCCCCAUCGACACCACCACCGAAGAGGCUGCCGAUACUCAGACCACAACUGCGCAAGCAGCUGUGGCAAGCCCCGAACCCAAGCCCGAGCAAUCGGCAGCCGAACCCGCAACCCAAAAUACGGAGACGACCAUUCCUGAAUCAAUCGCCGCCGCGAACCCUACGCCUCCUGCCCCCGCUGAGAUAGCGCAAGAUGCGCAGAAACGAAAGCGCCGAUCCCAGAGCCCUGCCGAAUCGUCAGAGUCGAUUACUCACAAGCGCAUCAAGGCAGACCAAGACCGUAUCGAGGCAGACAAAGCGGACGAGGCACCAAGCUCAGAGUCAACCAGCGUUGCUGGUAUCAUAAACCAAGUCAAGGAAGGUGUGAAGGAUGUCUUGAAGGAGAGCCUGGAGGGAGGUAGCGGCCUUCUUGAGGAUGUUGCGAAGGAGGCAAAGGACACUUCGAAAGACGUUGAAGAGCUCGCGGAGAGCCACCCUAUCGAACAGGACCUACCGACGACAGAAGCAAACGCCGAAGAAGACACGGAGAUGCAGGAUGAGCUUAACGGAAAGGUGGACGCAGUCUCUGCCGCCGAUCCUGACCACCAACAGGCUUCAAUUCACGGUCAAGAGCACCCCACGGACGGUCCGGUCACUGACCAGGAGCGACACGAGAUUGCGCCAGCAGACGCCAAUGACGCCAUGGAGUACGAAAGAACAGUGCAGCCAGCUAUCCACCCUGCUACCAGGGCUCUCUACAUCAAGAACUUGAUGAGACCACUGAAGGAGUCCACAGUUCAUGACCGUCUUGUUGAGCUAUCAACUCCUUCUGGCGCAGAACCCAACUCGGACGAUGUCGAGGACGUAUACCUGGAUUCCAUCAAAUCUCAUGCAUUUGCAGUAUUCAGAACUACGACUCUGGCUUCGCGUGUCCGCAACGCGUUGCAUGACGUCACCUGGCCUGAUGAAAGCAACCGCAAGCCACUGUCGGUGGACUUUGUGCCACCAGAAAAAGUGAGGGAUUGGAUUCAUGAGGAGGAGGCUGAAGGGAAAUCCAACAGAAGCGCUCGAUUCGCAGUGCGUUACGAUAUCGAAGACGAUGGAUAUGUCACCGCUCGCCUGGUCUCUGGUAACGGCGUAACAUCGGCUGAGCCAACUAGAGGUGCACCUGCAGGCCCAGCUGUUAAGGACGUCAAUGCCAUUCCUCUCGGUCCUCGUGGCGGUCGAGGAUUUGAAGGAGCUCCCCUAGGCCCCAGAGGAGACUCCCAGCGUGGUCCCGGUCCUAGACCUCCACGACUGAUAGAAAACUUUCCCGGAGGCCCUGUACAAACCACGCGAGCCCAUCCUCCAGUCUCUUUCCAGGCCGUCUCAGAUGACCUCGUCAGCAGACGACUGCGAAACAUGCGUUCUUACUACACCAAAGAUAUCGAUAGAGACAUGGGCGCGGAGACCGAGAUUAACCGCUAUAUCUUCGAAGAGGGCGACAAGUUUGUUGACCGCGGCCACGAGAACUUUGUCGGCAUCCGGCCCCCACACAGAGAGGCUGAGCGUCGUCGACAGAUGGCUGGCGGAGGACCUCCGCCGAGGGGACCACCUCCAGGCCGUGGUGGUAGACGCAGUGGUGGCAACGGCCGUCGCGGCCCCCGCAUGGUCAGCGACAGGUAUUUGCCGGGAAUUAAUGAGAGCGGCCCCUAUCGCCAGGGCGACCGUGGAAACUUUGGUGGUUCUCGUCCCGACGGUGGCCGCCGUUUCCGUUCCGACGACCGUGGCAGCCGGUACUAGGAGCCAAAACCGUCUGUUCAGGGUGAUCGAUUGACUACUCCGGCUUCAAUCAUGUCUAUGGCUGCGCCCCAAACGCCUUCCAUGGCCAUGCUCAGGCCUCCAGUGCAUUUGCCUAGCACUUUCGAGUCCAAUCGACGGCAACUUCACAAGUCUGAAUGUCCCAACUAUCUGGAAACAGAUUACUGCAACUGUCCGUGGCGUGUCGAUAAUCCCAGCGAUCCCCAAAACCGGAUUACGGACCACUUUCCGCAUUGCCGCAACGCCGCUGGCCAUGGUUUGUGCUUUUGUCCCCUGCGCACUCGCCCUAUGACGCCCCCGUUGGUCAUCCCAGGCGGACCUGGGUAUUCUUCGCCUUCGGGGUCAUCGACGGUGAUGACACCACCCCCAGCAUGGGAACCCGCGUAGCAGAGGCGACUAGGGGUGUUGGUGGUGGAGGAUGAUCCUGAGCUCAACGACAUUCGCGAAGAGGUUUGGAUACAACAGGCUGCUGAGGCGCUGGCACGAUUACUUCGAGCAUCCCCAACUUUACGAUGAUCUCGGAAAUGGUACCCCUCCUAUCCUGCUCUUCUCAGAGCCAACCGGAAGAUCAUGGCAGGCAUUCGAUUAAAAAAUACCAAGAAGGAAAAUGGGUCAUUGUGGAGGGAAUGCGUCGAGGGGCCCCGUCGAGGGAAUGCGUCACUUACGGAGCAUUAGCUAUAUGCUCAACAACAUCCCAAACUGCGGUCGGGCGGGUGCGGAAAGGAUCAAACACACAAAAAAUAGAUUACGUCUAGACUGUAUUAUUCUCUUCUUCUUCUUCUUCCCCCCAAACGACGGUUCGAAUUCAUAGAGAGACGUGGGGACAGGCACAUACCUCCACGUUGCGAUACCACUA